AUGCUUUUGUGCGAUCCCUCUUCACUUAUACUUGAUGCAUGCUUUUUGAGUACUCUGGAUGCUGACUUUGCCUGCCUCUUCGACUUAUAUUACCGCUAUCUAGCUAGAACACGUUCCAUCGCAGCAACAGAAGGCAGAGCUACUGUUACCCCUACCACAGCACCAGUGCCAUCUUCGGUCGACAUUUCCACCUUUGGAAAGGUGUUGAGAGCUCAGCUCAAGGAUAAAGUGACAGAAGUACCGGAUUACACAUUGGAUUACGGGUACGAAGGUGGCAGUGAUGACGAGGGAGCCACUGCCGAAGCGGCGUCCAGUCUGGUUCAGUCUGCAACCUAUUCUGGAUUCAACGGUAGUGGAGAGCCAUUCGGUGACGCAUUUGAUGCUCUUUACGAGCUCUCCGAUGCGGAACACAACUAUAGAAAUAAUUAG